CAAUCUCGGUAGAUUGCCAGACAUGGCGGCGGAUCUAAACCCGGAGUGGCUCUCCUGCCUGCCGUCCUCCUGGAGUUAUGGGGUAACGCGGGACGGACGCGUCUUCUUCAUCAACGAAGAAGCGAAGAGUACAACCUGGCUGCAUCCAGUCACUGCCGAGGCCGUCGUAACCGGGCACAGGAAAACUCCAGAUUUACCAUCCGGAUGGGAGGAAGGAUUCACGUUUGAGGGGGCGAGGUGCUUCAUAAACCACAAUGAACGCAAGGUGACCUGCAAACACCCCGUGUCUGGCUUGCCCUCACAAGAGAACUGCAUCUUCGUGGUCAACGAACACUUGAAUUAUGGGAAACUCGUUCACCCUGUAAUAAACAGGUCCGUCCCCAAGACGCCGGCGAGCGAGAAGAAGGAGCGGCCGCUCAGCACCAUGAGUGAAGCAUCCAACUAUACCGGCGGGUCGGAUCACACGGCCCACACGGGUCACACGGGCAGCCCCGUUGGCAGGCCUUCAAGAUCAUCAAAAAAAGUGCAUAAUUUCGGGAAGAGGUCCAACUCCAUAAAGAGGAAUCCCAAUGCCCCAGUUGUUAAGAGCAGCUGGCUGUACAAGCAGGACAGCUCAGGCAUGAAGCUGUGGAAGAAGAGGUGGUUUGUGCUCUCCGACAUGUGUCUCUUCUACUACAGAGAUGACAAAGAGGAAGCCAUUCUGGGGAGUAUUCUCCUGCCUAGCUUUCAUAUAUCCAUGCUGUCUGUGGACGACCAUAUAAACAGAAAGUACGCCUUCAAGGCGACGCACCCCAACAUGCGGACGUACUACUUCUGCACAGAUACGGCCAAAGAAAUGGAGUCCUGGAUGAAGGUGAUGACGGACGCAGCUCUGAUGCAUUCGGAGCCGCUCAAGAGGCCGGAGAAGCUGAAGGUGGAGUGCUGCGGCAUGCAGGAAGUGAACAACAUGCUGAACCACCGCGUUCUGAGCAGGCCCGAGGCACACAACAACGAGCGCAACCGCGAGGCGGCCCACUUCGAGGAGCGCAGACGGAAGGACGCCGAGCGCUACGGCUUCCAGAAGGACGGGCUCGAAAGGACCCUCACCAAGAUCAACAGCAUCAAGCUGCAGCCCGCCCAGGCUGCGGCCAUCGCGGCCGCCGUGGCGUCGUCGCGGCUGGCCGACGGAGCCGGCCCCCAGCUCUCCGGGCAGCGCAAGCCCCCCCAGGCGAACGGGCCGGGGGAGCGGGCUGGCGAUCGCGGCCUAGGGGAGGCGGCGGAGGCGCCGUCGCAGAGGGGCCGCGGCCAGGCGCCGCACCACGAGCCCGAGAGGACCCUGCAGAGGACCAACUCCAUGCAGCAGCUCGAGCAGUGGGUGCGGAACCAGAGAGGGCGCGGCCAGGAGGACGAGACACGCAGCAUCAUGUCCUACCAGACCCUGCCCCGGAAUAUGCCCAGCCACCGGGCGCAGGUGGUGCCCCACUACCCAGAGGGCUACCGCACGCUGCCUCGCAACAGCCUGGUGCGGCCCGAAAGCAUUUGCAGCGUGUCGCCUUCGCUGUACGAGCGCGCUCUGGGACCCCCGGCCGCGGACAAACGUCGUUCGAUGCGCGACGACACCAUGUGGCAGCUGUACGAGUGGCAGCAGCGGCAGGCGUAUAUUCGGCACGGCGGACCCCCUCCCGGACCCUACGGCGCGCUCCCCAGCCCCAGGACCAUGGUAAACCUGUCGGAGCACGCGGCCCGCUCCAUCCCUCCGUCGCCCUCCCACGGAUCCCUGGCAUUGUACCAGGGUUACUCGCCGUUGCGCUCCUACAACGCUGGCUCCCGCUCCGAAGUGUCAUCGCCCGUUUUCCGGGGCGACGUGACCAUCGACCGCAGACACAGGACACACCUCACCAAGUAUGCCUACCCUCCGGACAGAAGGACGGUGCCUGCGGUUGCCCCUGGUCAGUCCAUCACUCCGCAGUCCCUGCAAGGCAAGACGCCGGAAGAGCUCACGCUUUUGCUGAUCAAGCUUCGGCGGCAGCAGGCAGAGCUCAGCAGCCUGCGGGAACACACGCUGGCGCAGCUCAUGCAGCUGGGCCUUGACGGCGCCAACCCCAAGAAUGAGAUUCUCUCCCAUCACCUGCAAAGGAACCUUGUGUAUUUGGACAGCCAGAUGAAGGAAAACGAGCCUUUAAUCAUCGCGAUUCACACCAUGAUCGAGAACUCUGCUCCAAGGCCACAGCUGUACCAGCAAAUGAACCCCGAAGACUACAGGGACAACUCUUUUAUUUACCGACCAGAGGAGCUGGAUAUCGAUGCUAAGCUCAGCAGGUUGUGUGAGCAGGACAAGGUGGUGCGCACACAGGAGGAGAAGCUGCAGCAGCUCUACAGAGAGAAGCACACCCUGGAGACGGCCCUGCUGUCCGCCAGCCAGGAGAUCGAGAUGAGUGCGGACAACCCGGCAGCCGUGCGGAGCGUGGUUCAGCAGCGCGACGUGCUCCAGAGCGGCCUGCUCAGCACCUGCCGGGAACUGUCUCGCGUCACCGCCGAGCUGGAGCGAUCCUGGAGGGAGUACGACAGGCUGGAGUCAGACGUCUCCCUCGCUAAGAGCAAUCUCCUGCAGCAGCUGGAGGCUCAGUCUCCGCAGACAGAACCGCCCAGCCAACAGCAUGUCCAGAUCCAGAAGGAGCUGUGGAGGAUACAGGAUGUGGUGGAGGCCCUGAGCAACAACAAACCCCCAAGAAGCACAGAAGGCAUGGGGUUCUUGGGUUCCAAACCAAUCUCCAGCAAAUACAAGAGCGAGGAAGAGGACUCGGUACCCCCACGGCCCCCCCCCCCCCAAUCAUACGACAUCAGCGAGCAGCCGCCCGCAGCCCCCCCAAUGCCCCCACUGCCCCCGCUGCCCUCGGGCACCGUCCAGCUUCACGUAGUACGUCAGCCCCUGCAUCGGCCGGAGGAGCGCAAAGCCAGCCAGAGGAACGGCACGCACAGCGGACCAGACUACCGACUGUACAAGAGUGAGCCCGAGCUCACCACCGUGGCUGAGGUGGAUGAGACAAAUGGGGAGGAGAAGAUUGAACCAACGGUAGAAAAGGAGCCAUCAACCACCAAGGGAAUUUCCUACCCUGUUGGGAUUGUGCCCCCGAGAACGAAGUCUCCCAUGCCAGAGUCAUCGACCAUCGCAUCAUACGUCACCCUGAGGAAAAGCAAGAAGCCUGACCCCAGAAUGGACCACCCUCACGGCGCUGCUGAGCAGCUCUGCGGACCGGAGUGCGGGCGGCCAAGGAUGAGCCUGGAAGAGCAGAUGGAGCGAAUCCGGAGGCACCAGGAGGCCCUGCUCAAGGACAGGAAGAAGGGGUCCGGCACCCCAGGGCAGGAAAACUCCCCCUCUCGCAUCCCCUCGUUUUCCAAGGAGAACCCCUUCCGCACCUUGCCGAACCGGAAGAGAGAGGAGAUCCUCUCGAGUGACAUCCAGGAGCUGGAAGCUUCUUUGAGGGAGCAAGAACUGUUGGAGGACCAUGAGACCCCGGCUGAGGAGAUCGUCCAGCUCGAGGAGGUAGCGGAGCCAGAACCCUUUGACAUGGAACGAGAGCUGUCCACGCCCGACACGGUGCUGAUGACUGAGCGCUGCGUGGAGUUGGACCCCGAAGAGACCCUGGGGCCUGAUCAAGGGACACACGCUCGGGACAAAGAGAAGCGGAUCGAAGCGCCUAUUACCAAGAACAGCGUGCGGGACACCGAGCCGCCGGAGCUCCCGAGCCCCGAAGAGACGGAGGAGCGGCGGGACGAGACGAUCGACAUCAGCUACGAGCUAGCGGCCGAGACCUCCAAACACAGCAAGCUGGUGGCAGUGAAAAGCCUGUCCUCUCAACCUCAGUCCCCGACCUCGGCGCCCCCGGCAUCGCGCCCCCAGCUCGCCGACGGAUCCCACUUCAUCCCGCGGUCCGGCCUCUGUUGAGCGGAGCGAGGAUGGAGGUGCUUGACGUUGCUCCCUCUACCUCACCCUGGAGCCCUGGAGAAGGCUAAGCCUACGGCACGUUCAUCGCAGGCACCUACAGCAAUAUGCAGCCCGGCUAAAAGUCACACUUUCUGAGGCCUUAGUUCCUCCGCUUUCAUGCCUCCAACUGUGACCUCACCUCAGCAGUGCCAAUACACUGGGAACAGAGGACAUGGCUUCUUCCGGUGAUCACUAUUCUAACUAUUGUUGUUGUUACUACUAAUAAGAUUCAUUCUCCAGUUACGUGAUGAUAGAAAAUUCUGUACAGUUGUACAUAUUGGCACAAGAGGGACUUUUCCCAAAAAAUGUGCUCUUUCACUGAACAAUCAGUCUCUUUCUCUCUGUCUCACAUACAAAUGCGCACACACACACACAC